UGCGCUUACGUACCGCUUAUCCAUCUUGGCCGGCUUGCUUCUCUUGCUGAAAAGAGCAAGAGCACGUUGUGUGGGUAAAAGUAACGACACGUACCUUAAAGGGGCGAAGAAGGUGUGGAGUGGCAUUCCGGUUCUCGUCUGUCUGUAUCCAGCAGUAUAACACUUAAAUGCAGAAGUAAUUAACCACUUGGAAAGUAUGGCAGACAAAUUGACAAGAAUUGCCAUUGUGAAUCAUGAUAAAUGUAAGCCCAAAAAGUGCAGACAGGAAUGCAAGAAGAGCUGUCCUGUAGUACGAAUGGGAAAAUUAUGUAUAGAAGUUACACCACAGAGCAAGAUCGCAUGGAUUUCAGAAACCCUUUGCAUUGGUUGUGGUAUUUGCGUUAAGAAAUGUCCAUUUGGAGCUUUAUCUAUUGUUAAUCUUCCUAGUAAUUUGGAGAAAGAAACAACCCACAGAUACUGUGCUAAUGCCUUCAAGCUUCACAGGUUGCCUAUCCCUCGCCCUGGUGAGGUUUUGGGACUGGUUGGGACAAAUGGUAUUGGUAAAUCAACUGCUCUGAAGAUUCUUGCAGGCAAACAGAAGCCUAACCUUGGAAAAUAUGAUGACCCUCCUGACUGGCAGGAAAUUCUGACUUACUUCAGAGGUUCUGAGCUUCAGAAUUACUUUACAAAGAUCUUGGAAGAUGAUUUGAAGGCCAUCAUCAAACCUCAGUAUGUGGAUCAGAUCCCUAAAGCAGCCAAGGGGCCUAAAGGUCCAUUGAAUUAUCUAUAUUCUAACACAUCUUAUUUAAUAACAUUAUAUUUUUUUGUAGAUUUAACUCACCUUAAAGGCAGAAAUGUUGAGGACCUUUCUGGAGGGGAACUUCAACGAUUUGCCUGUGCAGUUGUGUGCAUUCAAAAGGCAGAUAUUUUCGUUUUCGACCAACCCGCUGAUUAUUCUGAUUCCAAGAAAAGGCUCAGGGCGGCAAGAGCCUUGGCCAAUAUUCUGAAUCCCAGGGGUGACAGGUACAUUAUUGUGGUAGAGCAUGAUUUGAGUGUCCUUGACUACCUUUCUGAUUUCAUUUGCUGCUUAUAUGGUGUGCCAAGUGCAUAUGGUGUUGUUACAAUGCCCUUCAGUGUUCGAGAAGGUAUAAACAUCUUCUUGGAUGGCUAUGUACCAACAGAAAACUUGAGAUUUCGUGAAACAUCUCUUGUUUUCAAGGUGGCAGAAACUGCAAAUGAGGAAGAAAUCAAGAAAAUGUGUCGAUACCAGUAUCCAAGGAUGAAAAAGAAAAUGGGAGAGUUUGAACUGGAAAUCAUUGGUGGAGAGUUCACAGAUUCUGAAAUCAUGGUGAUGCUUGGAGAGAAUGGCACAGGAAAAACAACUUUUAUCAGAAUGCUGGCUGGAAGGCUUAAACCUGAUGAAGGAGGUGAGGUGCCAAUUCUGAAUGUCAGUUACAAACCACAGAAAAUCAGUCCCAAGUCUACAGGAAGUGUACGCCAGCUGCUUCAUGAAAAAAUCCGCGAUGCCUAUACACAUCCACAGUUUGUGACUGAUGUGAUGAAGCCUUUACAGAUUGAGAGCAUUAUUGAUCAGGAGGUGCAGACGUUGUCUGGUGGUGAGUUGCAGCGUGUUGCCCUGGUACUUUGUCUGGGCAAACCUGCUGAUGUCUAUCUUAUUGACGAGCCAUCAGCUUAUCUAGACUCUGAGCAGCGUUUAAUGGCUGCAAGAGUGAUCAAACGUUUUAUCCUCCAUGCCAAAAAGACGGCCUUUAUUGUGGAACACGAUUUUAUCAUGGCGACUUACCUCUCAGAUCGUGUAAUUGUAUUUGAUGGCAUUCCGUCUAAGAGCACUCUUGCCAACAGCCCUCAGACAUUGUUGGCAGGAAUGAAUAAGUUCUUGUCACAACUUGAAAUUACCUUUAGAAGAGAUCCAAACAAUUACAGGCCAAGAAUAAACAAACUCAACUCAAUCAAGGAUGUGGAACAGAAAAAGAGUGGAAACUACUUUUUCCUAGAUGAUUGAAAUACUUCAAGUGGAAAGAAGAAAAUCUCAUUGUCACAAAGUCCAUUCAUAACCAUUUAUUAUGCAUUCUUGGAAUAAAAGUAGCACAUUCAAGGACUUGUUUUGGACAUAACUAAAUUCAAAACAUUGUUAACAUGAUGAUGUACUUCUGAAAUGUGUACAUUUUUUUAACAAAAAAAAAACAACUGUCCUUUAAGCCUCAAGUAUUGGAACUCUUUCUAUGACUGUCAUAGUCAUAUCUUUAAUAAAUUUUGCCCAAGUUAUUCUGUGCGAUACAGACAGGCAGCAUGUACUUCAUGUUUUUGAAGUAUUUCAGAUUUUACUUGCUUUUUUAUUUAUACUCUGUGUACACACACGUCAGAAACGAUUUAUGGAGGAAUAAAUAAAAAUGCUUUGUCCCUA